GGCCAAGUCAGGAAUAUGGCAACCCUAAAAGACAUCACCAGACGUUUGAAGUCCAUCAAGAACAUUCAGAAGAUCACCAAGUCCAUGAAGAUGGUUUCUGCAGCGAAAUAUGCAAGAGCUGAGAGGGAGCUGAAGCCUGCCAGAGUCUAUGGAACAGGAGCACUGGCUCUCUAUGAGAAAGCAGAAAUAAAGGCACCAGAGGACAAGAAGAAGCACCUUCUGAUUGGUGUGUCCUCUGACCGAGGUCUGUGUGGUGCUAUCCAUACAUCUAUUGCUAAAACCUUGAAGAACGAGAUCGCCAACCUCACAAAUGCAGGGAAAGAAGUUAUGGUGGUUGGAGUAGGUGACAAGAUCAGAGGCCUGCUUCAGAGGACACAUGGCAAUUACUUUCUGCUGACAUUCAAAGAGGUGGGACGGAGACCUCCAAGCUUUGGAGAUGCUUCAAUCAUUGCCUUGGAGUUGUUAAACUCUGGGUAUGAAUUUGAUGAAGGCUCUGUCAUCUACAAUCGGUUCAGGUCUGUCAUCUCCUACAAGACUGAUGAAAAACCCAUCUACUCCUUUGAAACAGUUGCUGGUUCUGAAAGCCUAAGCAUCUAUGAUGAUAUUGAUGCUGAUGUGCUGAGAAACUACCAGGAAUUUACACUAGCAAAUAUUCUGUACUACUCCCUGAAAGAAUCCACCACCAGUGAGCAGAGUGCUAGGAUGACUGCUAUGGACAACGCUAGCAAGAAUGCUUCUGAGAUGAUUGACAAAUUGACCUUGACAUUCAACCGUACCCGUCAAGCCGUCAUCACCAAGGAGCUCAUUGAGAUCAUCUCUGGUGCUGCUGCUCUGAAUUAAUCGGGGGAAAAAGCGGUUCAGCCAAAUCCAAGAGGUGAAGAAGAGCUCUUCUGAGUACAUUGUUUAACCUGCCAGUGUCUGUGUUAAAAAGGCUGCCCUGCUAUUUUGUGAAGAAGUGGCAAAGCCCCAGAAAUCUGUAAAUUCUUAAAAUAAACCACCUAUGUGAAACAAA